GAAAAGGGCCACUUUACAUAUCAUUGUGUAUCCAUCGACGCGAGUUGAGAGUUAGGUAAUAGAGCGGGGAGAGCUUAAGCACCUUCCCUUUAUCGUUAUCAUUACAUCUCGCGAAAUGACCUCACCAUCCAUAUCUGUAUCUCCAUCUACGUACAACUCGACUUUCAUUUCAACGUGUUAACAUCCCACCUUCCUUUCAUAACUCUCGCAACGAAAUACAAACACGCAAAAACACACAAAAAUGGCAUUCCCUCAACCAAAACUACUACGCGGCAACAACCCAUCCGACAUCUCCUUCGCCAGCGAAACGUACUCCAUAACCACCGAACAAAUCAGCACCCUUCAAUCGCGCUGCGCAUCCGCCAAAUCCACAGCCUACUGUCCCUAUUCGAAUUUCCGCGUCGGGGCGACGAUUCUCACAAACGAGGGAAAAUAUGUCGAUGGUGCAAAUGUAGAAAACGCAGCGUAUCCCGUGGGAACCUGUGCGGAGAGAGUGGCGUUUGGAAAGGCGAUCACGGAGGGUCAUAAAGGAUUUAAGACGAUUGCUGUUGCGACGGAUAUUAGUCCGCCGGCGAGUCCGUGUGGGAUGUGUAGACAAUUUAUCCGUGAAUUCUGCGAGCUGGAUAUGCCAAUUUUUAUGUUUGACAAGAAUGGGGAUUUCAUGGUUGCGAGGUUAGGAGAGCUUUUACCAUUAUCUUUUGGACCAGAAGCCUUGCCACCGAGGGAAAAGCUGGCUGAGAUUGGAAAGUAGUGUGAUGAAAUCGUGACGAAUAAUAAGAAGAUUGAGCAUGGUGAGAUUGGGAGGUGCAUGCAGUGAAUGCAAGUACUAGUUGUGCAUAUAAUGUGAUCAUCAUUUUGGCUACACAAUAUUGUGAUAUUAUAGGCAAGUGAAGCAGAGGUCUUGGAAAGGAAACGGCUGGCCGGGUUGCAUUAUGGUAUUCUAGUAUUUGCGGAUCAUUCAUUUAGAAAAGACUUCACAACCCUAAUUGUUUUGUGUUUGGCUCGAAAAUCUUCUUUUAAACA